GUAAAAUCGCAGAGGGCAGAUAGGAAGCCGUGACAAUCCAAUGAGCCGCGUGGUAUCGCAAGAAUUCGCGUUGUCAUAGCCAAUCUGACGUUCUUUCCGGCAGUCCAGAGCUCUGACCUUCUCAACCUCGGCCGAGAUGGGUCUCCCCCCGUUGUGAACAGCGCUCAAACGCGCUACAGCGACAUCAGGUGGACGGACGUUAUUCCCCAUGGAUUCAGUGGGUUGGAAGAAACGCAUGCUGUCACACCACAUCAAGUUAGUCACAAGUCUUGAAUGCGAUAUCACUGCUGCUGCAGUCCUGCAGCAACAACAACAACAUUCUGCAUACCCGUUCUCUGUCGACGCGUCUAGGAUCACCUCGGACUUCACGACCGGUCUUCUCGCACCAUACGAGUAGACAACACCUCUCCAUGAGCUAUACCUUGCGCCGUUCUCUGCCGCGCACAAUCUGAAUCCGGCAGAAACAGUCGUCCCACACAUACAUAGGUGCUGCGAGAGAUUCGGAGUGCUAUGAUGCUCUUCAUUGAGCAUCAUUGCCACUCGGGCCAGUCUUUGGGGGCCCCACAAGACUCGCAGAGGAGCAGACGCUGGGGUUGAUGGUAGUAUGCUCUCCAGCACACCAUCGAGAGCAUCUGAGAUGUCUUCGAGCUUGCUGAAAAACUAGCACAGAGCAUACAUAGGCCGUUUCAUCACACUUCAGCUUCGGGGUCAAAUUCUGCGGCAUUAGAUUGGCCUGCGUCGAUGAAAUGCAUCGUGUUCGGUCUUGCCUAAUCUGAGGAUCCUCUUCCCAGACCGUCACUGUCGUAGACGGGCUUCCAAAGCACGCAAGGUCCAGAAACAGCGCGGUCUCUUCUGGGAGCUGUUGAUCGCCGCUCGUUGGCAGGCCAUCGUGACGCGUCGGCUGCCGAUAUUCUCGCUCCCUUUCAUUCACUGCGAGCGUCCGCAGGACGUCGGACAGUCAGGUCGAGUGUUGCACCCCUCAAUCUGAGAACACGUCCCUCGAGAUGGGAUCCGUUUCAUGAGUCUACGAGUGGAUAUCGACAAUGUAGCGUCAUUUCGAACCUACUCACUAAGUCGACGCCUGCUGAGGUCGUGGGCCCGGGCAGUGCGAGUUUGAUCUUUGCUUCAGCAAGCUUGUGACCUCGCCCAUGUUCCCUUCGAGUCCCCGCAGACGCUCCUCGACAGAUUGCUGGUACAUCGAGAGCUUAGUUUCCAGUUCCGAGAUGCGUUCCUCGACAGUGAGCACCGGCGCCUCUUCCUUCUCAUGCACCCGCACAAGAUCGUGGUCGUAAAACGAAUGUCCGUCAGACUUUGUGCCGCCUUUCGUAUCGCAUGUAGAGCAGAUCAAGCUGGUUUCUCGGCACUGGACACAGAACGAGCAGGGUUGUACGACGGCUUGCUUGCUCACGCGACACUGAGCAGGGGGAGUCGAGCAGUCCAGGAGAACUCGCGCUUGUCCAACAGCCGCCUUCGCGGCUCGAUAAGUGUUUCCGAACUGUCGUCCAUGCAGCACAUGCCGGACUUUGAACAGGUCGUGGUGCGGCAAGUGUGGUUUGUCCACGUCCUCUCGCAUCACCCGUCCAACGAUGCAUUCAUUCUUCAGAUUCGUGCAGGUCGAUCGUAUAGUCUCCCUAAGGCAGACGUUGCGCUCAGCCCACUCGCGCCUCACAGUACCUGGUCUGACAAGUACCAAAAGGCCUUUGCCAAGUCUUGACUUGCGUUCUUCUCGUAAAGACUGAAGAAAACAGGAACAGCUUACCCAGCAUAGUUUUGGACGUGCAACAUGGGAGAGAGCAACCGUCAGUUAAAGAUCAGGCACCCAGUUGUCAAACCCACUGGCGAGGUGCCUGGUUCAGGAUCCAGAUCUAUUUUAUUGCUUUCGUAUAUCAAUGUGUUGGAUCAAUGCUGAAAAAUGUGCGGUCGACUUAAGCAGGCAUGAACAACUCGGAUUCCGGGCCCAGGUCAAACGGACUCAAACCUCAAGCCAGCGGAUUGACCGAUCAGACGCCGUGCGGCUUUCCUCUAUACUACCUAGCACAUACGCGAUGGACUGGGCGCUCUUUUCCGAUAAACGUCUCAUUCGGACACCACCACCACCACCACUAUGCCCAUACCUCCCUUGCUCAAGAGGCUGAGUGCCAAAUCUCUCCGAAAACGGACGCAAUCGCCGUCGCGCUCAGCAACCUCGACUCCGACUCCUCCCAGAAGCGACACCCCGCCCGUGCCUUCUUUGGCGCAGAAGCAGAUAUCGGCAACCGUGAUCAUACCUACACCACCUCAGACGCCUCCGGCUCUCGCAUCGAUCCCCCCGGAUGACGCGCUCUCGAAAGACCUGCAAGGUGCAUGGGCAUCCGCCAACGCAGCGCCGAACACGAGUCGAGCCGAUCGACUGCUGCUUGCGGCAGAGAAUGCGGGCAGCGCCGCCGUAUCUACGCAGACCCAGGCCGUUCCGUAUGUAACAGGCGUCAAGACGGCAUUGGAUGCUGUGGGCGGGCUGGAGGUCAUUGAGAAGGGAUUGAACACAUUCAUGGAGGGGAUGCCCGUGCUCAUGAAGGCCUUGGAUGAGGUUGCUAAGCUACAUCCAUUCAUUGGAGUUGCCGUUAUGGCUUUCAAAGCCGUCUGGGCACUGGAGCAAAAGCGCAGAGACAACGACAAGAAGAUUCUGGCGCUGCACAUGGAGAUGAAAGAAAUGAUGGGUGUACUCACUCAGCUCAGGAAUGUUAAAGACGCGGAUGAGGUUGCUCCAGACGGAUCGACAAUAAAAGGGAGGAUGCAGAUUAUCAUUCUAGCCACCGCAGAGGACAUCAAAGCCUGCGCGAACGCAUGCGACACGUACUGCAAGAAAAAGCUGAUAGUCAAGGUUCUCAAGGGUCCAAUCUGGGAGGGCCGUCUCGUUGCCUUCGUUGGCGCAUUCACCAAGCGCCGGACCGAGUUUGAAUUCGCUCUCUCGAUACACACUGCGCUCGGCGUCGAUGCUGCUACUCGACUCAUUGGCACCGUCGAUGACACAACUCAGGAGAUCAAUGCGAAGAUGGACAUGAUGCUCAAGCUCUUCCAGAAGCUGGUGCCACCCGAGCAGAGGGAGAUGGCGCAGAUGGUCGAGAAAAAGGGGGGCCAGAGUGUUAUGGACAACGACAAAGCGCUCAAGGACUUGAACGACUUCGAAAACAAGAUGCUCGCAGCCCAGGGUGGAGGCCCUGGCCAUGGCGGGAAGGCCGUCAAGACCCCGGAUCUGAAUGAUCUGAAAGAAGAGUUGCAUGGCGAUCCACAGCUCGCUAUGGAUCAGAACAUGACGGUCUUUUCAAGGAAGUUUGAAGUGCAGAAGAGGCAGAUCAUUGACGAACUCUCGAGAGUCGUCGAGCGCGAAGGCGACAGAGUCAUCAGCGCCGUCACUGCCGGCCCCCAUGACAGAAUCAUCGAUCCCAACGUGCAUAUGAUAUGGAAGGAGAUGGGCUGGCGAGGCAGUGUCAAAGCCCGCCACUUUGUCAUGGCUCUCCGGGAUCAUUUCCAAGAGCACACAGACCACGUGCAAAUAGAGCAGACUGAAGUAUGGGCUUUGGAAUAUCUCAGUAUCACCCGGAUCCAGGCAAUCUCAGAGGCAUUCGAUGACGAUGCGUCGGGGUUCAUCACAGUUGCUGAAGCAAACGAUUUCACUACUGGGCGACCUCUGGAUUGGAGUCUCCCCCGUUGGAUCGCAUACUGGGCAGUUGGACAGCACCAGACGACCCUGCUUUACGCUUUCAAGAUCCGCGAUCUUCUGUCCAAGAUGUUUAGUAUCCUCCCUCACGCUUUACCCGAAAACAAAUCUGCCGCAAACUCUUAUAUGGAUGAUGUUUACUACAGCAUCUGGACCGUCGUCUCCUCUCUGACAUCGUGCAACGUCAAUCUUGCACUCCAGAGCAAGUUUGAGUCUUACGUCGAAGAUGAAGAAGCUCGGUUGAAAGCGAAUCUGGAGGCUAUCAAAUACGACAUUGAUGCAGAUGACACCUUGGAACUGAUAACUGGCCGUGGCCGGAUCGACAGAUAUGUUUUCCCAGUGAUAUACCUCUUGCUGGAACGUCAUUUCGAGAUCCUACGUCUUUGUCAAACCAAGGUUGUGCAUCCAGACGAGCUUUGGGAUGCUGCAGACACAAUAGUUUGGGUCUUCGAUGCCAUCGGGGCGAGGUUUAGAGAACUUGAGAGUAUCUUCAAACAACAGAACCUUGACCUGAAGCAACAAUUCAAGACAUUCGCGUUCGGGAUGUACGAGUAUGUCAACGAACCGAAUCUUCUUUGGGCUCCAAAGCUGGUGCAAGAAGCCGACUUCACCGAAUUUCCGUACAAUGAUGCACUCGAAGGCGACCUUCCGGAUGCUGCAAAUAUCCUCAAUUACCCUGUGGACCAGGAUGACCUCGACUACGCAGCCUAUUCCUUGGACUCCUGUCCCUCAGCACCAGCCGAGACGGCUCUGCCGGGAUUCGAAGACCUCUUCUCGGCGACGUGGCAUGGUUUCCUGUACAUGAAGGAGAACCCAAGCAGACCGUCGUCCGGGAUGAUCUCAUUGGAUUUGAAACCGACCCACUCCGAGGCAGGGAUUCAACUGUUUGCAACAUCCGGUCGCGCCAAUCGAAGUGACUUCACCUUGUCUGGAGAAUGCGAUCCUUCGACGCACUCCCUCAAGUUCAAGCGGUCGUUCCCCGCACGCCUUCGCGCGCAAUAUUUCAACGGGACCUGGGAUCCGGCUGCGGAGAUGCUGUCGGGGACACUGGGCUUCGAGGAAGAUCCCAACACUCAUUCGGCGACAUUCGUGUUCAAAAGACUCGCACCUCAGCACACCAGAUUCUUGCCGUCUCCGGGCGAGCUCGAAGACAGUCGCCCGCGGGCGUUGUGGAAGUUUGCCAUCAGUGCUGUAUCCGAUGACAUUGGGCGGGAUCGAUGGUCUUGGAGCUAUUUCAAAGCGCGGAAGGAACGGCGAUUGCGAUUCAUUGAGCUGUACAUCCGCAGCGCGGCAGGGAGUGCGCAGUCGGGGCGGCCGCUGAGCAGUGCGGAGUUCGCGGAGUUCGCUGAACUCAAGAGAAUGACGACGGCUGAUUCGAGGUUUUACCAUUCGCUCGCUGAACGGACGAUCCGCAACCUACUCGCGCACGAUUGUCGAUGCGAUGCCUGUGACGGGGACAUCGGCGGGGCACGAGUGAGCUGUUUGGAGUGCCAGAUGAAGGACACGUGGAAUACGGUCGACUUUCACGAGUCUCCAGAGUGUAUGGACGAGCGGGUAACGCGCGAUGAUAUGGAGAGGCCCCAUCUUCCACAGCACGAUUUGGUGAAGACCCGGCGCGUUGUCCACAUGCGACAGUUUGGCAAGACGUUCCGCGAGGCCAAAGCUGCAGUCACAAAGGCGCGGUCCUUGUUAUCGGACGAGAGUGAGCCCCGUGUUUGCCGGAUGUGCAAAGUCGCGGUCGUCCAGCCCUGCUGGUUUUGCGUCCAGUGCGAGGAGCCAACUUUCCUAUGCAGGGCAUGUGACGAGAAGGGCGAGAUUGCGCUCGAGGGCCACGUUUAUCAUGAGCAUGACCUCGUUCGUCUGGUGGAAAAGUCAGACGAAGACACGAUGACGGUCGAGGAGAGAUUCUCCGCACUCGAAUCCCAAUUCACAGUGUAUCAGAAGAGCGUCGAGGAGCGCUUGCAGAAGCUGGAAGAUGCGGUCGACGGAAGAUUGGUGCGAGUGGAGAAAUUGUUGGAGCAGUUGUUGGCACGGUCCACCGAGUCGGUGUGAGGCGUCCCACAAAUAUGUAUUGUAAUAUAUUUUUGUGCACAUGGAGGCUAUCCGUGA